AUGAGAGUCUUGUGUAUCGUUGGGAUAGCACUGUGCUUUUUGUUGUUGGUUCAAUCCGCGCCGCCAGUGGAACGGCCGAAGGAAGAGGAAACAGGUAUCUAUAAUAAUGUUUUUCUUCGUAAAUUUCGGUUGUUUCAGAUGUAAAAGAUAAAUCUGCAGCUCCAGCAAAUGACAAGGAUAAGGUAUGCGUGUCAUGUUUAUUGUUUUACUUGUUUAGGCCAAGGUUACUACAAAAAAAGAAGAAGAACCUCCAAAUUUGGUAGCUCCCGAGAAGUCUGGUGAAAAGAAAGCCACAACCAAAGGUGUGAAAGGGCAAACCGCCGCAGACCCCGCACUGACUAGUCAAGGAAUGUCGAGAGGUUCAACGCUGAGUCGGGCAUUGCAAUCUGUUGCGACAUCAGGAAAGGAAAACACUGAAGGUGAUGGACAAGAUAAAGUGGCGAAAAUCGAGGACAAGAAGGAAGUAGAGGAACAUAAGUCAAAGAAGACCGAGGAGGAUGCUAAUGAGGACUUCCGGGACAGAGAUGAGGACAUCGAAGGGGCUGGGAAAGGCCCCAGCGAUAAAAAGAAGGUUGAGGUAGGUUAUUUCUUGUGUAGUAUUGAAAGUUAGGUUAUGAUGAUGUUACCAGGUAUACGAGAUGAGCAACUUUGCCUCUAGCCUUUUCAUGGGUUCUUUGAUCUUUUUCCAUUGAUUUAAUGUCGUUUGACCGGAAUAUUUUAAAGAUAUUACCAGUUUUUCCUUGGUUAUCUGAAAUAUUUCAGAAGCUCGAUGUUCCAAAGCAAAUUGAAGCAGAUGCGAAUAAGGUUAUUGAAAGUCCACCAAAUGAUGAAAUCGUUCAUGGUCGGCACCCUCAACCACCCGCCUACGUCAGUGAUGAACAUGGAUCAUCUAUAUUCAACUACCUCAUCAUUUUCAUCGUCAUUGGCCUAAUUGGAUACACAUACAGGAAAAAGAUCUUUAGUAAGUGUUUUCUUAAUUAUUUUUCUUUCAUUUUAGCUUCAAACUUAAUGAAACGGAGCUAUUUUUAGCCAUGGUAGCCAGUUCUCGUCGUGGUGGUGCUCGAAGAAACGUCCGUUACAGAAAAUUGUCGACCGGUGAAGGAGCUGAUGACUGA